AUGCGACCAAGUAAAUAUAAAGAGCCUUCUUCUAGUGCAAUAAAUGCAGCAGCUCUGCAAGACCAUUUAUUAAGAUCUCUGGGAUUUAAUAAUGUUGAACUUCAACCCUCAACUGUGAAGCCGAAAUCAAAUCCUCUUGCAUCAUUUGGAAGAAAAAUCGUAAAUGAUAGGAAAAAUCAUUUGAAAAGCAAGCCUCAUGAUAGCGAUAUAGAAGAAAUAAGGCAAAGAGCCCAAAAUUUUCAAAAUAAACUGACACUUGCACAGAGACUGGGGUUAAUUGAAAAACCAGCGGCACCUCUAAAUGAAGAUCAAUGACUUAGGGUGGAGCAAAAAGCACAGUCAAGAGGAGAACACAAAGGAUGCUGUCCAAUUUGCCAAGAAGUGUUUGGGAGGGCUUCUAGUGUCAUUUUAAGCUGUACUCACGUUUUUCAUAAGCAAUGCUUACAAAGUUUCGAAAAAUACGCAAAAAUCAAAGUAUGCCCCAUCUGCAGAAGAAAUUCUUAUGAAAAGAAGAAUUAUCAUAAAACUGAAGAGUUUUAUAGGGAACAGUGCGCUAUAAAGAUACAAGCUUAUUAUAGAGGCUACAGAGCGCGAAAAGCUUAUAUGGAACAUCUCAGAUUGAACCCUCCUCAGCAUCCUUUAGUUAGGAGAAAAUAUUUUGGACAGCAGUUGCAUGGAUUGACUGACAAAUUGACAGAGGACAUGGAUAGGAGAGAAAGGUCUAUUGAAUUCUUAUUCAGGCAGCUUGAUGAGCAGCAGGAGGCUUCUCGACAAGUUUUUCAAGCUUUUCAGCGGCAGCAAGCAAGAACUGGUUCUCAAGCACAGCAAAAUAGAGAAAAUUCGGAAGAAUGGGAGCAUAUUAAGCAUCAAGCAUUAAUUAGAAAUGAUAAAGAGUGCGCCAUCUGCUUGCAAUCUUUUCAUGACAGAAGAGAAAAAUGCGUGCUGUCUUGUUCUCAUGUAUUUCAUUCAAAAUGUAUAGAAGGUUUUGAAUAUUUUGAUAUACAUAAAGAACAUCAUUGUCCAGUGUGUAGACAACAAUACUCAAGAACAACAUUUCAUUAA